ACUAUCCGUUGUUUUUUAAGUUUUUCCAGUUACCGACUAACACGGCUACCCCUCUGAAGCUUUCUCCAAAGCAGUACAGGGUCUCUUCCAAGCCUCUUUUCUCUAAGGACAAAUGCGAAGUCUUGACAUAGUGCCAGCAUCAGGAAACUGAUGUCUAACUGUGAGUGACUGUUCAGAUUAAUGAGUAGAUCAGUUCAUGAGUGCUUGCCAAUGACAGCAUAAUCUUUUUCGGUAGCAUAUAUAUUUGAUUUUUAGCUGAUUCGCUGUGCUGGGUGAGACUGACUUUUUCUUAGUCGGGAUCAACUUGUCCAUUUGGGGGCACUCGAAUGGUAAAUAAAUAAGCUACAGUAACUAAUAUAAUACAAUCUGCGAGGCUAAUAGGUCGUGGUCAGUAAUUCCCUGUGCCAUUGGUUCUUUCUCCAGUAAAAGAAAGACGUAAUUAAUAUAUUAUCAUUGAAAGUAUGAACUAAAAAUACAUUGUGUGUUUCCCAGUGUCUAGGAGAAUUCCAAGCCACAUCAUAAUUUGGUUUCCCGGGGCGAAGUUGAAAUUGCACCUGAUAGUUGGAUUCUGUAGUCUUUUCUCAGCCAAAAACUCGCACAUACUUUAGUUGAAAACCCAUUUGACUCCCACUGUUCAGUUUGAAGUGAACGUGAAUUUUUGCGUGAGUAAGGUCUACAGGAUUGAGCCAUCAGAGUAGCUAGCAAGUCGAUACUUGUCCGUUUCAGAAGCAAGUGGCACUCCUGUGCAUUUUCACUGUACCUGACAGAUGUUAAUGAUUUGUUUUUCAUAACUGCUCUCUUCUACAGCCUCGCAUAUCUUUCUCCUGUCGGGCAGUGUUUAAUUGGUUGCACUUUCAAUCGCUGGGACCACAGACACCCCUCUCUUCACCCUGUCCCGGUUCCCUACUGCCCUCCCCUUGGAUCCCUGUCUUCCUGCAGUAGCACUGAGCUGCGAGGCGCAGGAGGAGGAAACGAACUCCAGCUUUCUUGGCGAGGGGCGGGGCGGGGCCAGCUCUGUCUCGGUGCAUUGUUCUGUGCUCCAGUGCCAAGAUGCGGGGCCGCGGGGGGGAGUGAGCGGUGGCCCCUCUCCGAAAGUUUGCGCGCUCUCUCCCUCGCUUCGCUUUGGCAAUGGGAGGCAGAUCGCUGCCUGGCCCUGGCCCUGGCCCUGGAGUCCCCGCUCCUGCUUAAUAUUCUGCCUGCUCCGGCGAUGUUGUGCUUGGCUCCUGGGGGACUGCAACUCCCGGCUUGAAACGGCAGCCAAUUUUCUGUCUUACUCUCCCACUGUUUUGACUGGAGGCAGAUCCAGUUCCGUCCGAUCGGGGCUAGUGGAAACAACUGCCUGAGCCUCUCGGUGUGUGUCGCUGGGGCUCCGGGAGAAAGCCGCCCCCCGGCCCCGCGCGAUGUGGCUGCCGCGGCCGGGCUCCUAGGAACAAGCCCGGGAAGCGACUGAGCGGAUUUGACCCCGACGCGCUGCGAGCAUCGCUCGGCUCGGGUCUGCCUGGCGGUUCUUCACGAGAAGAGAUCGGUGCGUGGCUGGGGGGCCCUGCUGCGAGUGAGCUGGUCACUCAGCGGAGCGCGGGGCGUCCCCGCGGAGAGCACCAGGCACCUGGGUGCAGGCAGGCGGGGCGGGUACGGGGAACGACAAAGCCCGGGAUCCAGCCAGGGAGAGCGGGAGCCAGAGGCGCGCUGAGCCGGCCGGGCAGGGGCGCUGGGGCCCGGCGCGAGAGACGCUGGGAAGCGGAGGAGGCAGCCGCCGGGCUCUGGUCCCACGGGCCUCUGACCCGCUGCGCCUUCUGCUUGCAGGGAGAGGGCAGCGAUGACUCUGGUGCUGUCCAUGCAGCGGUUCUGCGGGCCCGAGCUCGCGGAGUACCACACCCCGUGGGAGUCGCACUGUGGCAGCCAGGCCAGCCCCGCGGAGCCCAGCCGGGCCGCGCCGCAGGGGAACAGGACGCCAGGAUCACAUUACAGGGGAAUUUCAAAUCCUAUAACAACAUCCAAGAUCACAUACUUUAAAAGGAAAUAUGUGGAAGAAGAGGAUAUUCAUCCAUCAUUCAGCAGCUGUACGCAUAAAACAGUUUCUGUUUUUGAGGAGCGAGCACACAUUCUUUACAUGUCUUUGGAAAAACUGAAAUUUAUCGAUGACCCUGAAGUCUAUCUACGGAGAUCAGUCCUCAUCAACAAUUUAAUGAAGAGAAUCCAUGGAGAAAUUAUCAUGCAAAAUAACUGGUGCUUCUCUGCUUACUCCUUUGGUGGUCCAUCCUCGCAAGAGUGGUUUAUGCCUCAAGACUGUCCUUAUCGAAAACGUCUUCGGAUGGCAAAGGAAGAGUGUGAAAAGUUCCAUACUUGCUGCGUUUAUCAAGAAUGCGGCAGUCACUAUUUAAAUUUACCCUUCUCUGUUAAUACUAAUGGGGAGAAUGCUUCUUCCUCUUCUUCCUACUCCUCCUCUUCCUCCUCCUGCCCUAUAUCUUUGCCAAGUUGUUCCCACCAGGUGGAUUAUAGCAUCACCAGUGCCCCUGUUUACAGGCAUGAUGACCAGAUUCUUGCUAAUGAAAUAUUCAUUACUAAUGCCAAGUCUCAUGGUAAUCAGGAAAAGGCAAAAUUAAAUGAGAAAGGAGGUAAUGAAACUGAACCAGAUGGUGUCACUCUAAACUGUGAACCUAGGAAAGGAAACCUUGCUCUUGAAUGUAACGGCAAAUUUUAUAACUAUUUUGAGACUGGAUGUAAUGACAAGAGCAACAUAAAUGAAUCUUGGAAAAAGUCCUUAAGGAAAAAGGAAUCUUUACCAAAUAAUAAAAUGUAUUGCAGCAAAGGAAGUCAAAUAUGAGCCAUCUUUUUUGCUGUAACUUGGAAGCAUGCACAGAAUGUUAUCUAUCAACAUUUUAUUUUGGAUGGAUUUUUUUAUAGUUUUGUACAACUGACACAAUCAUGCCACAAACCUUGCAUAUAGUUUUAAAUGACCAGAGAGCAGAUUGCAUAAAGCAUCUGAACAGUCUGCAUCAGUGAACUAUUUAUUAAUAUGGAGACUUCAUAAAGAGCACAGUUGAAUUACUGCAUACAACUGUAGUUUAAUUUUUGUUACUGAAAAUACCAGUACACCAGAUGGAGAAACAUACCCUUUUAUGUGUGCCCUCCCCCAUGGAGUCUGCCAUUAAUUAGAAGGAACUUCCAUUAUGUUUACCAAUUAAUUAGAUGUCUGGUAAACAAAUUGAUAUUACCAGCAAGGGUGCUCUUCUUCUUGUAACACAAUAUUUGUUAUCACAAAAGAUUGUGAUACAGUGGACUGGGAUUAAACAGCUGUCCCAAUGACACCAUUAAAUUCACACAUUUAAAAGUCUUGUACACCUGACAAAGAUAGGAUGUAAGGAAAUCUCUGUUUUAUGGGAUCUUAGCCAGAAAUACCACACACAGCUCAAUCAUUUGCACAUUUUCAGCUCAACUGUAAUAAUUAAUGAGGCUUAUGGUGGUUUGUUAUUAUCUAGGGCAGGUUUUUUGGUGCCUUACUUUUUACCUUAAUUUUUGCCAGCGUGAAAAUUGAGUGUAACAUCUGAGCUACAGCAGGGAUUUAAUCUAAACAGGGAAAAAGCCCAAGAUGGAUCAAUAUUAUUAGAAACCUAUAACCUUCAAAAUGCUGAAUUCAACUUCUUAUUCAAACAGCUCUAUUCUUCCUUUUUGAUGCUUGAUUGCUUUUUGAUUUGCUAUCCUUAGGAAGGGAUUUAAGAAACAAUAGAGAGAUGUGGCUUGUAUACAAGCACUAGAUGCUUGAGCAUUUCUAUGGCAACUGUCUGUUGCUGAGGAUCUUUUUUUAAAUUCUUCCAUAUAAUGAAGUUCAUGAACCAAUGGCAUGCUUUAUACUUUAUUCUGUUUAGCAUAAUUUCUCUCUUUUAGAUUGCAAAAGCACGUGAGGGUUUUAUAUGACUUUUGCUGUUGAUUUAAAACAAAACAAAAAGCACAAUGUUAAUAAAUGAUGUGGCGAUCAAAUUUUAUUUGAAA